AUAAUCUUUUUUCUCUUCUCUCAGAUCUAUUAUUUCAUGAAAAAGUGACAACCAUAACCUUAAAAUAAUUUGAAAAGUAUAUGUGUUUACUACUUUCAAUACUAUGGAAUUAUAAAAUGAAUUGUAUAUUUACAAAUCAUAAAAGAUAAUAGAGAUGUUUAGAUUUUGUAAAAAUUAUUUAACAAACCAAGAGAUUCGAUUAUUUAUUAAUUCUAACAAAAAUAGAAAAUGUUCUACAACUGAGGUGAAGGCGAAGGAAAGCACUCUUGAUAAUUGGAAAAGAUAUUGGAAGGGAUUAUACCUUGACUAUAAAGAUGUUGCUGUAGAUAUUUUUAAUGAAUGUAAAAAUCGACCCAUUCGAGCUGUAACCUAUUUAUCGCUUUUAGGCACUUGUUGUUACUUUCAUCGAGUCAAUCCUGAUGAAUGUUCAUUUCGAGAAGCUUUGUUACAAAACAGUAUGCGAUUGAUGUUUGUAGGUGAGAAUAAUCGUAAUCCAGUGUCAGUAGAACAUAUUGCUCAUAUGACUCAAUGUUUCAAUGAAAAUAUAAUAAGACGAGCAAACUUAGGAAUAAUAUCAUUUAUUUGGUUAGAUAAUUAUAGCAAUCACUGUUGUCAGUACAAAUCUCUCUGUCCUUACUUAAAACCACAAUACAUUAACUUUUAUGAAAGAAUUGUUGACGUUGGUUUUCUAAGUAAAUGGUGGAUUUUAGAAGAAAAAAUGAAAGACUAUGAUGUUAAUGAUAAUGAAUUUAAAUAAAUAAAUUUAUUUUUCUUGCUUUUCA